CCUGGCUGUCAUAAAGGGUAAUUCACCAAUGUGCGUUUCUUUAGUCUCUUGAAUGUACUGUGUGUGUGUGUGUGUGUGUGUGUGUGUGUGUGUGUGUGUGUGUGUGUGUGUGUGUGUGUGUGUGUGUGUGUGUAGCAGUAGAAUAGCAGUAGAACAUCACUGCUUCUCCAUGGCAACAUUUAGAGACCACCGAGUUAUUACCAUGACCCGCAGAUACAAGACAGGGUUGUUAUGGUGGAUACAACGCAGGGUUGUUAUGGUGGAUACAACGCAGGGUUGUUAUGGUGGAUACAUAGCAUGGUUGUUAUGGUGGAUACAUGGCAGUGUUGUUAUGGUGGAUACAAUGCAGAGUUGUUAUGGUGGAUACAUGGCAGGGUUGUUAUGGUGGAUACAACGCAGGGUUGUUAUGGUGGAUACAACGCAGGGUUGUUAUGGUGGAUACAACGCAGAGUUGUUAUGGUGGAUACAUGGCAGGGUUGUUAUGGUGGAUACAACGCAGGGUUGUUAUGGUGGAUACAUGGCAGGGUUGUUAUGGUGGAUACAACGCAGGGUUGUUAUGGUGGAUACAACGCAGGGUUGUUAUGGUGGAUACAACGCAGGGUUGUUAUGGUGGAUACAACGCAGGGUUGUUAUGGUGGAUACAUGGAAUGGUUGUUAUGGUGGAUACAUGGCAUGGUUGUUAUGGUGGAUACAUGGCAUGGUUGUUAUGGUGGUUACAUGGCAUGGUUGUUAUGGUGGAUACAUGGCAGGGUUGUUAUGGUGGAUACAUGGCAUGGUUGUUAUGGUGGAUACAUGGCAUGGUUGUUAUGGUGGUUACAUGGCAUGGUUGUUAUGGUGGAUACAUGGCAGGGUUGUUAUGGUGGAUACAUGGCAUGGUUGUUAUGGUGGAUACAACGCAGGGUUGUUAUGGUGGAUACAUGACAUGGUUGUAAUGGUGGAUACAACGCAGGGUUGUUAUGGUGGAUACAACGCAGGGUUGUUAUGGUGGAUACAUGGCAGUGUUGUUAUGGUGGAUACAUGGCAUGGUUGUUAUGGUGGAUACAUGGCAGUGUUGUUAUGGUGGAUACACAGGGUUGGGGUUAAUUCCAUUUCAAAUCCAGUCAAUUCAGAAAGUACACUGAAAUGUCAAUUCCAACUCUCUUCAACAAGGACACUUUGGAAUUUAAUUUAG